CUCCCUCCAGAACCUUCACUGUGCAGGGAGCGCAGCAAAACCUGAGGCCUGUCGGAGGCCUGCGGGCUGACGGGGGGCGGGGCACUUUCUUUCUUGGGUACAGGCUUUUCCCUCCUGGUGCCCUGCCUCUGUGCAGCCCGACGGGUGGGAAGGCAUGUGUGCCAGGCUAACAAGAUGCCCUAGUCAUGGCGAGGCUGUCUGUGUUUGGGAUCCCCGGCUGUGGUGCCUUCUGAAGAGGAACCCUUUUCCUGUGGUUAACUGAGCAGCCAGCCCUUCACGUUCUCAGCUGGCCGUCCCAUCCUGGCAACACCAAGCUCACAUUCCGGCCUUCACCGACAUUGCUGUGUCUGUUUACCACCUGCACUGCAAUUGUUUUUUGUUUGUUUUGGGGGGAUGGCGCCUCGCUCUGUCAUCCAGGCUGCAGUGCAGUGGUGCAAUCGUGGCUCACUGCAGCCUCGGCUACCCAAGCUCAAGCAGUCCUCCCACCUCAGCCUCCUGAGUAGCUGGGGCCACAGGUGCAUGCCACCAUGCCCAGCCGAUUUUUGUGUUUUUCGUAGAGACAGGAUCUCACUAUGUUGUCCAGGCCAGGCUCAAACUCAUGGGCUCAAGCGAUCCUCCCACCUCAGCCUCCCAAAGGGCUGACAUUACAGGUGUGAGCCCCCGAGUCCGGUCUGCACUGCCGUUUACUUAAUAUUUUUCUUUAACUAGAUUUAUUUUUAAACAAGGCUUUGUCCAAGGACAUUUGGCUUACAGACACAGAGCUGAUUAACUGGUUAUGUAUUUUUUGAUAAGGCAGUUAAGAAAAAUGUGUAGCUGAUGAAAUAGCAUGUGCUGGGCCCCACCACUGGGCCUGGGAGGUGCAGCGCGUCCCAGCAGAGGCUGCCUCCUGCCUGCCACGCCUGCUGUUCUCACAGGCAGGGGCUCUGCUGCUUAGAGCAGUGUGGCCAUCUCGGCUUUUCUCCUCAUCGUCUGUCACACACUGGUCCCCACCACGCCUCUCGCCGCCCCUGCCUCUGUCCCUGUGUAGCCCGAGGAGCUCCAGCUUUCCCCGGCGACGGUGCUCUGGGAGUGGGGACAUGAUGCAACCGUGCACCCCAGACCCUUCCCUGUCCUGGGGGGAGGAGUGCGGCACGCAGAGGAGCAGAGGGCAGGGACACUGGCCCCGUAGGGGAAGAAGGUGCUGCUGUCACAGCCAUUACUGUCCUUGGUGGGACCCCAGCCUGGAGUCCGCCAUCCUUCGGCCCCUGCCUGUGGCCACUGAGCUCUCAAGUGGCCACGUGCACAUCCCCUGCUCCUUCCCUGUCCACCUGCCUCGCCCAGUGGCCUUUCUGGUCCCAGCUGCUGAAACAGUGAGCUGCUCCAGGGUGAGGCUGCUUUCUGGCUCCUGGCAUAUUUGGACACAGAUGGGCCCUUAGUACAUGUCCCAGAGCAAGCACGCGGAGGCCCGGGAGCUCAUGUACUCGGGAGCCCUGCUGUUCUUCAGCCAUGGCCAGCAAAACAGCGCAGCAGACUUGUCCAUGCUUGUCCUGGAGUCCCUGGAGAAGGCAGAAGUGGAGGUGGCUGAUGAGCUGCUGGAAAAUCUAGCUAAAGUGUUCAGUCUGAUGGACCCCAACUCUCCUGAGCGCGUGGCCUUUGUGUCCAGAGCCCUGAAGUGGUCCAGUGGAGGCUCCGGGAAGCUGGGCCAUCCCCGGCUGCACCAGCUGCUGGCCCUUACCCUGUGGAAAGAACAAAACUAUUGUGAGUCGCGGUAUCAUUUUCUGCACUCGGCGGAUGGGGAGGGCUGUGCCAACAUGCUGGUGGAAUACUCUACGUCCCGCGGCUUCCGCAGCGAGGUGGACAUGUUCGUGGCCCAGGCCGUGCUACAGUUUCUCUGUUUAAAAAACAAAAGUAGCGCGUCGGUGGUCUUCACGACAUACACUCAGAAGCACCCGUCCAUCGAGGACGGGCCUCCAUUUGUGGAGCCGCUGCUCAACUUCAUCUGGUUCCUGCUGCUGGCUGUGGACGGUGGGAAGCUAACGGUGUUCACUGUGCUAUGUGAGCAGUACCAGCCAUCCCUCCGGCGUGACCCGAUGUACAACGAGGUGAGAGCUCAGGGCUGGGGAGGGAGGAGGGGACCCCAGGGCCUGGGUCUGCCGGCUCCUGAGCCUGCUGCCUCUGCCUUGCAGUACCUCGACCGCAUAGGACAGCUGUUUUUUGGCGUCCCGCCCAAGCAGACGUCUUCCUACGGAGGCCUGCUCGGGAACCUUCUGAGCAGCCUCAUGGGCUCCUCAGAGCAGGAGGAGGGAGAGGAGAGCCCCAGCGACGGCAGCCCGAUCGAGCUGGACUGAAGCGGCCGGGCCACGUGGAGACACCACGGUUGACGACGGCUCGAGGGACGUUUCAGAGGCGAGUCCUGGGUGGCUCCUCGCCUGGGGGCUCCCGGCCCUGAGGCUGGCGGUGGCCGCGUGCCGGCGCGUGUCUGUUACUGUGCGGCGGCUUAGGGUGGCGCGGCUGUGGGUUGCUGUGCUGCUGGGGCCCGGGAGCGGGGCCUCGCCCCUGCUGGCCGCCGCGUCCCCCAAGAUUGACCACAAUAAAGCACAGGCCUUGCCGCGGCGUCACCCUCUCCCACUCCUUUGUUCUGGGUCCUUUCGGGAGGGCUGAUGGGCAGCACAGGAGGCCCAUCCUCAGCGGGGACUGGGCACAUCAUGCUCCUUGCCUGGCAUCCAGCAUAGCUGCAGUCACCAAAGCAGGCACUGGCCCUCGGACAUGAGCGCCCAGCCGGGCCCAUGUGGUCUGCAGAUGCGAGCGGCUGUUUUUGAGCACGGGGCCACUCUGCGGUCACGGUGAACUGGUCCCCGUCGCAGACGGAGCGCACGUGCCCGCGCCAUGUUCUCAGGCUCAGUGGAGGGACGCGUUCGGCAGGACGGUGCCCACGGGUACUUGCAGCUGUGUCCCAUGUGGCAUCCCGGAGCUGCACCCUGCCGGUCUCCGUCAGCGCCACGCUGCUGUGCUGGAAAUGCCACUUUAAAAAGGGAUACCACGGGACUCUGCCCAUCUCUUUCAUAAUGCAAUAUUUAUUUGUAUUGGGUGAUUGAUUUUUUUGACCUGACAUUUUAGGUUUUAACCAAAUAACCGGUCCAGGAGUGAGCAGCUCCGUUCUCUGUCACAGAUGCUAUUCCAGAUGUUACCAGAACAAUGACAAAAGGGGAGACGCUCUAUUUUUUCACAGUUAAAGGACAGUUGUAGAUUGAUACACAGUUGUGCAUGGGAAGGGGAAACGCACAGCUUUAUUUCCUGUAAAGUGGAAUUUAAGGAAGGCUUGUGUGAACCGUUGCGCAUAAAUAAACCCUUUCUACCGGGC